GACCUUCUAAACACAUGCACAUACUACACAAGCCUCAUGCAUGGACAGCUGCCAAAAUGGGAGAUGAGAGACUCUGGUCAAAGUGUAAAUACAUCAACAACAGAAGGUUAACCAAGCACAGAAUUGCAGGCCCAGAAAAAGGAAAUCAGUUGAGCUUGAAGGACCACACCUUCCAAAAUAGCCAAUCUGACGUCUGAUACUCCAGUGAUUCCCGCAUAUCUUGCAAUCCAGCCAUAGGGGACACACUGCUCUACAUCGGAUGAAUCAGACAGUAAACAUUUACUGGGGUCAUUUCAUCAUUGGGAAAUAAUAAGAAGGAAUACAGCUUACUGGAGAGUUGCUACAAAGACUCAUAUGAUCCUGCACGUUUACAGGCUGUUUUAUCUUUCCCUUUUGUCUGAUGAGGAGUUGCCUUGUGAAAUCCAGACACUAUGACAUCUAUUGUAGUCAAUUCCAGUAAGCCUGUUAAGACUGAAAAGAAAAAUUACACUGGGAACGGGCUUGUUUAUGUUAAGAACCCUCACUUGGAUUCAAUGGAUGAAGAUAUUCUAUAUCACUUCGAUUUGGGGACCAAAACUCAUAAUCUGCCCGCCAUGUUUGGUGACAUAAAGUUUGUCUGCGUGGGUGGGAGCGCUAACAGAAUGAAAGCUUUUGCUCAGUUCAUGCAUAAAGAACUUGGACUCAAAGGAGAUGAGAAAGACAUGGAAGAUAUUUGUGCUGGGACGGAUCGGUACUGUAUGUACAAAGUUGGGCCUGUGCUCUCCAUAAGUCAUGGGAUGGGUAUUCCCUCCAUUUCUAUUAUGCUGCAUGAGCUAAUCAAAUUGCUACACCAUGCAAAAUGCUGUGAUGUUACCAUUAUACGCAUCGGUACUUCAGGGGGAUUAGGGAUCGAACCUGGGUCAGUAGUAAUAACAGACACAGCAGUGGAUUCGUUUUUCAAGCCUCGGUUUGAACAGGUGAUACUGGACCGAGUGGUCGUACGAAGCACUGAACUUGAUAAAGACCUGGCCGAGGAACUACUAGAAUGUAGCAAAGAGAUUAAGGAUUUCCCAACACUGGUCGGCCAUACAAUGUGCACCUACGAUUUUUAUGAGGGUCAGGGGCGCUUAGAUGGAGCGUUAUGUUCUUUCUCCAAUGAAAAAAAGUUGGACUACCUCAGAAGAGCAUACAAUGCCGGUGUUAGAAACAUAGAAAUGGAGUCUACUGUAUUUGCUGCUAUGUGCAGGCUUUGUGGCCUUAAAGCUGCAGUUGUCUGUGUGACUCUCCUUAAUCGACUGCAUGGUGACCAGAUCAGGGCAUCCCAUGAAGUUCUACUUGAAUAUCAACAACAACCUCAAAAGCUGAUUUCAAUGUUUAUUAAAAAGCGUCUCAGGCUUUGGAAUCCAGAAGAGUCACUGAGUUCCAUCUAAAAGACUGCCCUAAUUCUCUUUGUUGCAACAAUUCUCUGUGGUUUAUGUGCCUGUCUGUCUAUACCCUUUGAAUAGAUAGACAUGUAUAAUAUGAUGCCAUGUUUCAGUAACCCGAUUACACAAAUUAAGUGUGUGGGGGUGGUGUGUCUGAGACAGCAAAAUGAGAAAAUUAAAUUUAUAGUUCAACAGUAGUCAUAAUUCAGCUAUACUGUAUCUGGCUAUUGAUGUUGCCGCUUGCCAUAAGAAUUUGUUUUUAUGUGGUCUUAGCCAUAUAAAAUGAAUGCCUAAUUGUCUCAUGCCAAACAUACCCUUCAAGUUCAUUUUGGGUUCAAAACUGGUUUCAAAUGUGUGGCUAACCAUUUAUAUAACUUCAGCCAUAUAACUUAUGAAAACUAAUGCCUACUGAGUAGGAGGACUAAAGCAAUUAAUCCUGGCUUCUUGAGAAUCCCCAUGCCCUGUUUACCUGCAGACUACACGGGCCUGAUAUCUCGGAAUGCUGUUGGUCUUGAUUUGGACUGUCUACAUCAAACAGGACUGCUAUUUAGAUCCCUUUCCCACAUAGUUAUAUGACUGUUCCUGCUGUAUUUUCUCUUGCCUCGAAUAAUAAUUUGGGAAGGGUUUUUAUCUGUGACCAUUUACAAGAAAGACAUGAGUAUGUCAAGACUCUGCAUUUUUCCUGUGAUUAAACCAAGCUCAACUCAGAGAAUAGAUCCAGGCACGUAGCUGAAGGAAAUGCACACAUCCAGAUGCAAGAACACUUCAAAAGGGCAAUCCAGUUCAUCAUUUAUCCUGGGGUGGGGGGUGUUUGGUGUGGAUAGAGAUACGUAUCCCUAUCCAGGACCACAGUUGCAUUCUACAGGGUUGCCAACUUUAGGUUGGGAAAUCCCUGGAAAUUUUGGGGUGGAGCCUUUGGAAGGUGUGGUUUGGAGAGGGGAGGGGCCUCAGCAGGGUAUUAUGACAUAUAGUCCAUCCUCCAAAGCAGCCAUUUUCUCCAGGGGAACUGAUCUCUGUAGUCUGGAGUUAGGUAAAUUUAGACUCUGAACUGGCUUUAUGGAAGCCCUUCCCAUGCUUCGGAGGGCCCAUUUGAGCCAGGGACCUGGAUCUCCACCCCAAAGUGUUGCCUUGAUGGCACCAUUGAUGCCAUUUUAUAUAAAAUUAUGAGGUGACCAUCUACAAAUUCCAGCCAAUUCCAUAAUCAUUGUAAGUGUUCCAAUAAACAGAUUUUAGGCUUACAAUCCGUCACCAGAUCCACCAGAACCCGAGUCUGGCGGCACUUCCAAUAAUUUAUCUGAUGAGAUGAAGGUUUUCAUUUUUGCAAGGAAGUAUGUUUCACAGAAUCACUUUCUUCCAUAUGGAUGAAAUUAGUCAGAGUGCAGGCAGCAUGAGAUUGUCUCAGGCCUGCUCGUAUGCUAUAUACUCAUGGCAAGACUUCAGUCCAAAAGCCACCAGAGUUCCUUUUUGUUCAGUCAGUAUCUGAACUCUUAUCCCUAGUGUGCCAUAUAUUUAAGAAUUAUAUCUGGGGCCAAGUUAGCCAUGUUUUAGGCUAUACAGGAGUCAGUAGUGGUGAUUUGAUACCAGCUUGUAUCUUUGUGUUCUGCUCAGCGAAGCUUGAAGCUUUCCUCCAGUUGAAAUGUCUUCCUCCAACAAAGUGCCUCUUCCACCAGGGGAAAAGCUACUUCUCUCAGAGAAAGUUUCCUUAAAUUGGAGGAAGCCAUGCUGGAUCUGUAGGUAUCAUUGCUGAUUUAAUAAAACAAGUUAACUCUUGUACCUCAGGAAUAAAUCCCAAUUAAAAUGAAGCCAACUCAAAAGGAAAUCUGCUGCUACUCCCAUGUGUUAUUGUUGUUUGUUACACCUGGUGAAGGAAGACUAGAAUACUAUUUUAGAACACAGUGGGGAGUAACUUUUCAUUUUAGACAUCUGACAGAAAUAGAUCAAACGGCUUCAAAAUAUUUAGACAGGAGAUGUCAAUGUAUGGCAACUCCAUGGCAGCGCAGAAAAUGUUCCAAGCUGAUUAUGCUUCUUUGUUGAAUAUAGAACCCCUUAAUGCUGGUUUCACAUCUAAGAAUUUCAGCAAAUAGCAGAUGAUGAGCUCAAUGACAGAGGAACCAAAAGACGUAAAAAAAGGAAGUAUUACUGAUUCAGAAAUAUGACCAAAAUUACUUACAGAGAAGUAAUGUCUGCAUAUUUUUUUUGCUAGUCAGAACUCUAACAUAAGAAUCAAAAUCUUUCUUAUAUGAAAAAGUAUGUAGUGCCUAGGGCUGGAUUCGUCAAUCAUGUCGUUACAACCAGGGCUUUUUUUCUGGUGGUACUUGAUGCCAGCACCUUUGUGGGAGUGAUCUCCCAAGUCCUGAGGGUUGAAUUGAUGGAAAUCAUUGCAACUUCAUAGACCUUUUUUUAGAAAGCAAGCAAGCAAGCACUGGUUACAACUCUCCCAAAACCAUGUAUGUAAUAGUAAUUGAAUUGGAGAAUUGUGCUGCCUUGUAAUUAUUUUAAAGUUAUUUAUAAAAUGCAAUAUCAUAUUAUGUCUUUGGAACAUUUUUGCAAAAGUGGUAACUAACUACACUUUAAAAUAAUGCUCCAGAGAGAAUGAGGAAAGACUGUUGCUAAAGACACCUUUGAGGUUUUGUAGUAGAGCUGCCAUUUGUCUCGUGAAUAUUCAUGAAAUCUUUUACACAGUAUAUUUAAGGACUGAAAAACCUAGUUCAUGAUAUAUCACUUGCAAAAAAACAGAAUCGCACUUACCUGUAACUGUUGUUCACCUAGGUCUUCGUGCAGGCACACAUUUGGGGACUGUGCUUGUGCAGGCCGGCUGCUUGGAAACAGAAUUUAGCUUUAAGACCCUAAGGGUGGGGGAACUCUUCCAAACCAGUCCAAGCCAGGUUUUCCCACCAAAGCGGUCAUGUGAUAGAGUGAGGUCACACACACACACCCCAUUUUCCCUCAGUUCUCCUGUGCCACUGCAAGCUCCCAAUUACUUUAUUCUAGAGAGCUCACAGCAGGACAGGAGGGAAGGAAUGUGUGACUGCACAAAGACCUAGAUGAACAGCAGUUACAGGUAAGUGCAACUCUGUUUUCAUCUACGAUCUUCAGUGCAGUCCCACGUUUGGGAGAGUAGCAAGCUACCUACCUCGGAAGUGGGGUGAAGUUCUCAGUCAAAGAGUGAAUGCAAGACUGCUUGUCCCACUGCUGUCUCUCUUCUGGAAUUGAUGUCCAUUGCAUAAUGCUUCACAGAGGUCUCCUCAGUGGACCAUGUGGCUGCCCUGCAAAUCUCACUCAGCGGAACACCUCGAAGGAAUGCAGCCAAAGUGACCUUCACCUUCGUAGAAUGAGCUCACAAUGCAAGCGGGCAUGGAACACCUGCAGAUCUGUAGCAUAAUCUGAUUGCUAAAACCACCCACCUAGAUAUUGUUUGUAUUAACACUGCCUUGCCCUUAUUAGGGCCUGAAUUGACAAAGAAAGCCGUGUCUUUCCUGAAAGAUUGUGUCCUAUCCAUGUAAAAUAAAAUUGUUCUUCUUACAUCAA